AGCAUACAGCGAACAGCUCAUUAAAUACAUUAUAAAUACAUGUUUCUGCAACUGAGCUGCAGUAUGCACGUGACAGGCGCACUAUGAGCUUCAAGAGCAAUGUGGUGAUCGUGACGGGGGCCAGCUCCGGCAUCGGGGCAGCCACGGCGGUGCAGUUCGCCAAGGAAGGAGCCAGCUUGGUUAUAGUCGGAAGAAAUGAAGCCAGGCUGAAGGACAUAGCCGCCAAAUGUGCCGCGGUUGGCAGCGCGCCACUCGUGGUCCGAGCAGAUGUCUCCAACGACGACGACGCCAGGAGAAUCAUCAGCGAAACCAUAAAAAAGUUUGGCAAACUAGAUGUGCUGAUAAACAACGCUGGCGUCUUGGAAUAUGGAACAAUUUUGAACGGGAAAAUCUUGAAAAGUUACGACAAGAACAUCUCGAUCAAUUUGCGGGCCGUGAUCCACAUGACUAUGCUUGCUGCUCCGUAUCUAGUUAAGACAAAGGGGAAUAUUGUGAAUGUGUCAAGCGUGCUUGGGCAAUUUCAUAUAAUGCCCAUGGUCAAUGCGUACGCGACGUCCAAGGCUGGGUUGGAUCAUUUCACGAGAGGGAGUGCGAAGGAGUUGGCAGCGUCUGGAGUGAGGGUGAACGCUGUGAGCCCUGGGCCGGUGGAGACGAAUAUGCUGAUGACCUUCGAGUCGAGCGAGGACACGCAGGAGGUGAAUACCCCUCUGGGCCGCGUGUCGCAGCCGGCCGAGGUGGCCGACCUGAUCCUGUUCAUGGCCAGUGACAAGGCCAAGGCAAUCACAGGUUCAGUGUUUCUGGCGGAUAACGGUGUAAUACUGGGAUAGUUUCUUAAGCUAAUUCUUCUCGGUAACAGCCGAUUUUCUCGAAGUGGAAAAAUUGCAAGCUUCCUUUAUUUAGAUUUAUGCCGUUACGAGUAGGUAAAGGGCACAAUAGAUGCUGAAGAGUAUUUGAAUGUAAGUAAUGGGGUGAAAAUCGUGUAAAUAGUUUGUUUAUUUUGAUUUUAUACUUGUUUUCUGAUACUAUAAAAUAAAGUAAUACACAAAACUUGACUACCAAGUAUUUAAAUGAUUGAGAAGACAGAUUACGUAAUUUGUGUUUAUAAAUAGACUGACCUUUGUCAACUGAUAAAGGCAUUUGUAGGAUGCAUUUGCAUAGCGGUUUGCAUCUCGACGAAGUUUUUGUUUGCAUACUUUUGUAUUUAUUAUUGUUUUUUUUUAUGUUAUUGACAGACAAAAUGUAACGGCAUGCCAUCAACUAAACUCGUUAUGGAUCAACAAAUAUUUAUUUGUUUACCUGAUAAUAAAAUGGAUCUAAAAGUGAUGUUAGGUACUUAAUUAAAUUAAAAUUAAAUAUUCUCUGAAAGCUUUUUAUUUUCAAACGUUGACACAUCAAUGUAUAAAUAAAUCAUAAGAUUAAACGCACGACAAAAACAUACUCGCACACAAUAA